AAAACUUUUUGGAAGCUUAUGAAAAAUCCUUAGACGCGGAAGAAAUGUUGAAAAAGAUAGCCAAACAACAUGACUUUAGGCUUCGUGUGCUGAAUUCAUUGGUCCAUUACAGAAUAAUUAUCAGACAAUUAAAUCUGACGACAACUGAAACUACAACGGCACGAUUUGUGAAGUCCGCUGAAGAUUUUGUUGAUUACAUGUUAAAACUUGGAAGCAGUAUACAACUGACUGAUGAUGGCCACCAUUAUGUGAUGACAGCAUACGAACAUGCAAUGAUUUUAAAUUGGGGGAACUCUCGAGAAAAGUUUCAGCAGUACAAAAAUGAAUACUUGUUAUUUGUUUCAGCGAACGGUUGGGUUCGAGAUUUGAUGUUUUCUGAAAAUGAGGAACUUGCUUUGGCCGCCAAACACAAAAGUCUUUACUUUUACAUCAGAGAUACAGAAUAUGAAGAUCUUGAUCUUGAAACAUUCAUCAGUUAUAUGACACCUACAUGUCCACAUUGUCAAGAGGUCAAGCAGGUUUAUCGUGCAAACAUGUGGCAAGAUGAAGUCGAAUACUUAAUACAUCAACGCCAGCAAAAAUUAAUUCGCCGAGACAGGAAUUUUUCCCCACAAAAUUUUUAAGCUAAACAUUAUUUAAGAACUAAUUCAGUUCCUUUCAAUAUAAUCUAGUAGGGCCACACAAUGACUAUGAUCAUGUGCUUAUUUAUAUCUGUAUUUUUACAAUUAAAUUGUCAUGCUGCACUGAAAUUUUGCAAUAUCAUCAUUACAGAAGUGAGCUGAAAUAGAAUCAUGUAAUGGUGAAGGAAAAAAAAUAUUAGCCAAAUAAUUUGUCUUAGUUUUAAAAAGGCUUUUAGUUUUAACAAUUACUUAAUUUAUCUGAAUUCUUUAAAUAGUAUAAAAACCAAUUUAUUUAUGUUCAGAGUGCAGCUUGAAUUUAAAUCUUUGAACAUCUGGAUAUUACCUAGAUUGAUGCAGCCAUAUCUUAUUUAUAUUGACACACCCAGAUCUUUACCUAGAUUGACACACCUAGAUUGUACCUAGAUUGACACACCUUGAUCAUACCUAGAUUAAAACACCUGUAUUUUUACCUAGAUUGAUACACCUGGCUUUUUAACUAGACUGACACACCUGUAUUUUUACCUAGAUUGACACCCCUGGAAUUACUUAAAUAGUAAAAGCAAAAAAAAAAAAAUUAUGCAAGUCAGCCAGUAUUAACUCAAAAUUAAUUUUCCCACGGUGUAAUCCUGCUUUAGAUGGCAGAUUAAAAACGUAAAUAAGAUGAAAUGUCCAAAAUUGGCCUUGAAGAUUUCUAACUCGAUUCAUUUGUUGAGAAACACCAAAUCUCAAUUAAUAUCUCGUUACAUACUUGUUCUCACAUACAUGAAGCUAAUUUGUUGGCAUAUCAAGACUUAGCAGUUGUGAAUAGAAGAAUCUCUUGUUUGUCAUUAUUUGAUCAAAUAACCCCACAGAGCAACAUUGAAUUAAUGAACUUAAUAUCUUGCUAGAUUUGAGGACGAGGAUUGAAUAUUGUGAUUAUUUCAUGGUUGUGGCACGUGCUGUAGAGUGUUUUUUGGGGUAGAUGUCUGCUUACUUUUCUUUUAAGAAGAAUUCUGUCUAUAGAAGUUUGUAAACAAAUAGCUUUUGUUCUUCUAAUUUGAUUAAUUUUCUUAAGUGAAAAGCUCAAAAAAAAUGUUUUAAACUUUUUUAUAAAUGUAAAUAGUAUUUUUCUCUACGCCAUUCUUUACUUACUCAAACAAAGUUAACGAUUAUUUUACCAUGUUUUAUUAGGUAGGGGAGGUAAGCUUGUGAAUAAAUUAACGUCUAUACAAAUGUCAAAGUUUUUCAUAACUGAAACGAAC